AUGCAGGGAAUUCCAAGGGCUGAGUUGCCUGAGGGUAACGGUGAGAUUGAGAUUCGUCUGAUGGAGCAUCAGCUCCUUCCUCCGCAAAGCGCCCCUGUCCCGUGGCAGAGAUCCAGCUGUGCUUCCUGGAGCACAGACGUUGUCCUUCUCUUCCUGUUUGGACUGGGGCUCUUCUUCCUGUUUCUGGUCCACAGCACUCCAUCCUCACGACCUCCUAAGAGAAAGGGGACCAUCAGGAAGGGAGAUGAAUACAAUCCAGCCCAUGCUGGGGGCCACCAGCAUCAUGGGGAGCCCAAGGAAGAUGCUUCUCCUGUCACCUCGUCCCCACUGCCUUCCCCGGCUCUGCUAACCCAGCACCCUCCUCCCCCGGACUCCCACCCAUCAGAAAGACCUCAACAAGUCCAGUCCGACAUGAAGAGCACCCCGGCAGGCCCUGCCCCAGACAGCGCCCCUCCAGGUAACUCCUGCUUGGCCUCUCUCGGCACGGCCACAAAGGGCUUGGACCGCGUAAGCGGCUCCAUUGCAUUCUUCUCCUGGUGGUGGCCGACCGCCAAGGCCUUGCUCCUGUUCACCUCACCACAUGGCAGAUGCCGGCAAGAGCCUCUUUCCCAGCACCCACCAGAGGCCUCGCCCUGGGGAGACGCCGCACGCGGGCAGGCAGAGGCUGGCGGCCCUCCUUUCAUCAACCCGGAUGUCCAGAGGCUGCUAGAAAUCCUCAUCUCCAGGAGAGCAGAGCUGAUGCUGAAAGCAGAAGAGAAGACGGGGUCCCUGCUGGGCCAGAUGCGCCCGGGCUCCCUCCUGAGUUCUCUGGGAGCUCUCUUGAGGUCACUGAGUCACAAGCAGCCCAGCACCACCCCACAGCUCUUCUGGAGACCAAGGCACAAAUGCACACAGCUGCAGGGGCCUCAGCGGCUCUCUGCCCCCCAGGUCUUUGGGGAUCACUUAGAGAAGAAAUGCAGCCAGCUCUUCUGGGGCCUCCCUUCUCUGCACAGCGAGUCACUAGUGGCCACGGCCUGGACCCCUAGAAGGUCCUCCCCUGCACUAGUUCCCUCGAUUCUGUUCAACAGGGGCUCUAGUUCCUCUCCAGUUCAGACUCAGGCCAGUCUACCUCUACAGCUUUCCCCGGCGAAGCCUUUGUCCCCUUAUCCUUUGGCUCCACCCCAACCUCUGACUCAAAGCUUGCCCCUACCUCUGGGUCAGAUCCAGACCCAGGCCCCUCUCCCAUCCUCUCUCCCAAACCUACCAAAUGCAUCUCCACCCCAGAGUGUGGUCUAUAAAACACCCUGCUCUCCCUCCCAGGAGAAGGCUCAGUCUUUCAACCCGACUGAGAGUCAGCAAAUGGAAUGGCCCUUGAAGAAGAGACUGAAACAGAGGAAGGCUUUACUUUCUUUUUUCAAAAACCCCCAGGAAGUUGCCAGCCAGUCCGUUCCCCACUUUCCUCGGGGCUUUCGGGGCUGUCAGACUGGCGGGACUGCCUCCACCUUGCCCGGGGAUUCCAUCAGCUCUGAUCUCCAGGAGCAGCCAGAGCCACAGAACCAAGUGAAGCUUCUCGCGGAUGAACAGGAUGGCCCCCCCUGCAAAUUCGAAGCGUCUCAGGAACAGACACAGCCUCAGGGCAAAUCCCCACAGGUCUGCCACUGCCAGGCAAUGGACACGCGUGGCUUCUCCCGGCCUUCCCCGCCCUCGGCACCUGCAGGUGACCCCGAAGUGCAGAAGACAGGAUUCACGUGUUCUAAGAGACCCUCGAGCAAGGGUGCAGUAAAGGGCAAACCAGCCGCAGCACAAAAGGAUCUAGGGAAAGAGGAGGAUGACCAAGAAUUCCUGCCCUGGGAUCCACAAAGAACCUCAGUGAAAGUCCUAGAGGAAGACGAAGAGGAGUCCAAGUGUAACCCCGUCAUCCCUCAGGAGUGUGACUGUGUAAAUUACAAACCCAAGAGCCCAGAUAAGAAGCAUCUCAAGAAAACCCUGAAUGUCCACUUGAACCGGACGUUAGGGCAGAUCAAAGAAGGCAGGAUCCCUGUGAGAGUGCGCCGGUCCUGGCUUGUUGCUGCCAGUCAUUCUUUGCCCAAGUCCAGCAUCCCUGUAAAACCUAGAAAACCAGUAGCCUCAAAGGGUCAGACCUCCGGUGUGAACACAUCCAGGAAGCUCUCCUUCCUCAAUCCCCUGACGCGAUUUUUGCUGGAAACACACUUGAAAGGUUUUGACGCAAGGUAUGGGUGGUGUCUACAGCAGAUGGCCCAUGAGAGCGCACAGGUCACUCCCAGUGCAAAUCAAGCUGCCUCUGCUCCACAGCCCACCUUCCCCAGCUCUGCCGCCAGUGGGACUGGGGGUAACAUAAGAGACGAUGUUGCCCAUCACCUGGAAAACCCUCCUGACAAAGGCCCAAGAGAGGAGAAGGCCAAACAGUCCUGUCACAUCAGGGACUGGCCUCUCCUCGACCCCUCAUCUGAAUAUAAGGACGUCCAGAGGGUCCCCACAGCGAGGCCACCUGCUGGCCCCUGUGGGUUCUCAGAGGCCAGACGGGAGACCAGGCUGCCUCCCACUGAGCCCAUCACUUACAGUCCCUUGGGCAGAAGCAGGACUGUCCAAAAAGCCGAGAGGGGCAGCCCAGAGUGGAGGCCGCGUGCAGAAACGGCCAGGAGUGAGCCCCAGCGUGAGAGACGGAGAGCGACCUUAUCGGACUUCUGCCACAGCCCGGAGGAGCAGAAGAUCAGUAGAGGAUUCCAGCCGAAAAGAGCCGAAGAGAUCAGACAGAGACUGCAGGCCAAAGGAAAGCCGCGUGCUUGGGAUGUCACCGUGGGAGCCAGUAUGACAACCACCGUGCAAGGCCUGGAUGUGAGUCUCAGUCUGCAGUCUCAGGGCACCAGCAGACAUCCUCAACCCUCGAGAACUUUGGUUGACGUCAGUGUAGGACAGCCAGGCCUGAGAGCACAGGACAGCCACGACCUGGAGGUCCAAGUGGAAGUAGACCCGGAGAAACGGCGCCCACAGCACAUUGCCAGCGUCCUCCAUCAAGACCGCAGCCCUGUACUGCUCCCCACCACAGACAUCUUGGCUUCUCAGGCCUCUUGGGUAGCUUCCCAGGGCUCGCCUAGUAGCACCACACCAGCUUCUCUGGGGCUUCGUGACCGCCUAUCAAAUGCCAGGAGCAACCAGGAGCAGCAGGAGGCCAGGACCCCAAAAGGGAAAGCCCCGUGGACGAGUGAGAGCAAGACGUACAGUCCCCCUGACAGGAGAGGGGCCUGCAAGAGGCCCAAACCUGAAGAACAGGAACAAAGGGCUCCAAAGAAAAGGGUCACUAUUGCCUGUGGGAUGAGCCGCCCUGCCUGGGACAGGGAGAUGGAAGACAGCCUGGGGGACAAGUCCCCGCCACUCCUGCCAGAGAAGAGACAGACACCCCCAGAAAGCCACAUCAAACAGAGGACAAGGCCCUCUCAGCAGUGGUUCAGCCCCAGCCAAAAAGGCUCAGAGUGGGAAGAUCCCCUGGAGAAAGGCAGGCCUGCAUCGGCCACGGCUUGGAUCCACGGAUCACGCCUUGAGAAAAUGAUCACGGAGAGGAGAGAUGCGGAGGCCCAGGCAGUCGUAACCGCUGUGGCAAAGAUCCUGAUAGACAAACUGGGGCUUCGGCGCCAACCUGCUCCCUCAGAGGUACAUGGGCCAAAAAAGGAACCCCAGGGCCUGCUGGGUAGGAGUUCUUGCCUUCACAGGGGUCCCUCUGGCCAAGAGAAAAAGAGAGUGGUGAUAGACCCGGCCUUUAUAAAACAAGCCACCCCCAGGGACCUCACCUGUUCCGUCAAGAGCAGGUGGAUCAGUGAGAGGGACACCAAUUGGGUCCCCCCGUCCAGGGAGCCAGUGAUGCCAGCCAGCCCCGGCCAGCAAGGGCUAAGGGGCACAGGGCAGAGAGACACCCUUCCAGGAGGCAGGCCUGCAUCAGCCAUCGCCUGGGACCAGGGAUCACGCGUGGGCAGGACGCGCACGGAGAGGAGAGAUGCUGAGGCCCAGGCGGUCAUAACGGUUGUGGGCAAGAUCAUGUUGGACCACCUGGGGCUUCCACGUGGACGCGGCAUCUCAGAGAUAGACUGGUACACGGUGGAACGCCAGGCCCUGCUGCGGGAGCGUUCCAGCUACCGCAGGGGUCCUUCCUACACUCAGCAAAGCAGAGCGGGCACAGUCACAGCCUUUGGUCACCAGGCCACCCCUCAGGGCCUCAGCUGUCCUGUCAAGAGCAGGUGGCUCAGAGGCAGGGACAGCACCUGGGUCUCCCCACCCAGGGAGCCUGCGUGCCACUCAAGCCCAGGCCAGCACCGACCGGGGGUGACAGGUGACUCGGGUCGGCCUGUGCACUGCCCCAGGAACUGCCUUCUUCAAAGAGGUGCCUCCUCCCCUCACACACAGCAUGCUUCUCAAGCCUGUCCCAGUGGGAAAAGCUUUCUCUCGGAAAAACGCCAGUUUCUGCAGAGGAAACCCGCUCAGUCCUAUGUCCCCACAUCUUUUAUGUGA